AUGGAACAGCAGUUGUCCAGUGACAGCAACAGUUCCAUUAUCAUUGAACACACUUCAGCUGAUUCUGACGUGGAUACAAGUGUACCUGAGCUCAGAAGGACAGACAGUGUUAUUCUUACCAGACAAAUGCUUGGAUGCCCAUCUAUAUCAAGUACUGACAUCAGUGAGGAAGAAUAUGGUCCUCAAACUGCUGAAGAAAGUGACAGUUCUGCAGAAAGUCUCAUACAACACAAAAGAAAGAAGACGAAAGCACGGAAAAUUACUUCAGGUAACUCUCAGGAAGAUGUCCGACAACUGAAGAGAAGGUGUACCCGAACUCAAUGCAAUUCCUCAAAUUCAAAUGCUAAAGAAUCCUCUUCACUUGAUGCAGAAGACACAAACACAUCUGCGUCAUCUGCUGCGUCAUCUGCUGGUUCACUCUCAUCUGCUUCACUCCUAUCGACAAAAUCUUCAGGGGCAUCACAAACCACAAGAAGGAAGUGGACUGAAGCAGAAAUAAAGGCUGUGGAGAAGACUCUAAUGGAGUACAUCAGCUCUGGAAAGGUGCCUGGGAAGGCAGAGUGUCUCAAAUGUAUUGAGACUUCACCAUUAGCAUUGAAAGAGAGACGUUGGGAGGGAGUUAAGUUUUACGUGAAAAACCGAAUUGAUGCUUUAAAGCGACAGUCAGUGAAAAGAAGGUAAGAAGCUAAUGUCAAACAAAUGGAACAUAAACAGCUUCAGUUACUGUUAAAAUUUUCUCAUGUUUAGAGAAAAAAAAAGGAUUGUUCAUUUCAACCAGGCAAUUGUCACAGUGCUGGGUCGGGGACCCAGUGUUCUAUCUUUGUUAUUAUUGCGAGCUCAACGUGUGUUUUCUGUUUUACUUUGAAGUUCUGUGCCUCAUGUGGAUGUGUCUUGCUUUGCCCUCGUCUUUGUGAUUUGUAUCAGCUGUGUUCCUCGUGUGUUCUGACGCUCCUUGUUAUUUCCCUGUGUAUUUAUGUCGGCGUCUCCCUCAGUUCCGUGUCGCAUCGUACCCUCACCCUGCUGUUUCCGCCCAUGUAUCCUGCCUGCUAUUUCCUCAGUUUGUAUUCUCAGUUUAAGUUAGUUUGUGUUCAGCAAUAAAGCUGCUUUUUCGGCUCACUUUUCGUGUCUGUCUUAAUGUCUUCUCACAUUCACUGUUUUUAAAUGGGUAGACCACAUGAAGCAGAAUGUUAAAUGUAUGAGCACAUUAUACAUAUUAAAUCUUCAGUAUUUGGUAUCCCCUUGUGGUAUUUUGAUAUUUCAGUAUUUAUUUUUAUACUAUAUAUCUAAAAGAUAAGUUGGGAUGCUAAGCUCCUUAGUUGAAACAUUUUUUUUAUUGAAAGCAGAGGCCAGUGCACAAAUUUUCCAGUGAACAAAUACAAGGGGCAAUGACAGAAUAACAAAAACAAUAUAAAACUCAAAUGAAAAUAUGUAGCAGAAACCAUUCUCUGAAAUCCAACCAGCACUUGAAAGCUUUUUCAUUAUACCAGCUUUGAUUACUCUGGGUUGUAAAUUCCUAUAAAUAGACCCUCUAACUGUAAACGUGCAACAGUGUCACCUGGUGGUGGUUUGUGAAAAGACAUAAAAGCUGUGUCCCCACCAGGUAGAAAAACCUGACAAAAAUUGGAUUUUGUAAAUUUAACAAAUUCUGGUACCUAAAUAGAUGUUUGGGCCCUAAAAAAAUUAAGAGUUCCAAUUAUGCCUUUAUAAUACCUCUAUUACAUUUAGAAAUGUUGUGUCCCCACGCGUAACCUCCUAGAUGGAAGUCCCCACGUGGCUGGAAAAACGUGUAUGUGUGUGUGUGUGUGUGUGUGUGUGUUUAGAGUAUCUGCUCUCUGGCACC